AAUCCGAAAAUGGGACCUCGUAGAAGUGUUGCAAAAUACGUUUCAAAAUGUUCAAACUUUUGUGUGUCGCGUUGACCCUUGUCGUGCUGGAAGUCUCCGGCCAUGGAAUGAUGUUGGAUCCUCCCAACAGGAGUUCCCUCUGGCGUUUUGAUGAUGAAGCACCUAUCAACUACAAUGACAACGAGAACUUCUGCGGAGGUGCUGGUGUUCAACACCACCAAAACGGAGGCAAAUGUGGUCUUUGCGGUGACAACUACGCCAAUGCCCACCCACAAGCAAACGAAAACACCGGAAUCUACGGAACUGGUAAAAUCGUUGCCGAAUACCAAGCUGGAGAAGUUAUCACCGUUGGAGUCACCUUGACCACUAACCAUUUGGGACACUUUGAAUACCACCUCUGCAAAUUGGACGACCCUAGCCGCCCUGAAACCGGAGAGGAAUGCUUCCAACAGUUGACCUUUGAAGAUGGAUCUUUGGAGCACCAAGUUUUGAGCGGAGUGAAAGAAUUCUCCAACCGCCUUCGCCUGCCCAGCGGUUUCUCAUGCCCGCAUUGCGUUUUGAGGUGGCACUACAGAGGAGGCAACAACUGGGGUACCUGUGAAGAUGGUUCCCAGGCUCAGGGAUGUGGACCCCAAGAAACCUUCCGUAACUGCGCUGAUAUCCGCAUCAACUAAAUAAUACUUGAUGAAAUUCAUGUAAACUAUGUAAAAAUGUAUAUUAAACGUGCCAAUUGAUAACAAUUAAAAAUAUGUUUGUUCAAACAA